AUGCAAUCAUUAAAACAUUCAUUCAAACGUACUCACCCAAACAUGCAAACGAUGCAAUUACAAACAACCUCACCAAAUUCACCAGCUGUACAUCAAUUGAAUCAUUUACUGUCACAUACUCAUAUGCUGUUGCGUUUAAAAGCUACAUUAUAA